CACACUCAUCAGCGCUGCUUACAAUCGUGUUUUUUACAUAAGGAAUUUUAAAGCACGGAUUCUUUGUAAUGUUUAUUGCAUGGUGUUUAGUCUAUGCACUUGCUCUAUCCUCAGGUUAUGCUUAUGAUACUUCAGCCUCUACCUACUUGCUAGAACAUAGUUUACUGGAAGAUGGAGUUUUCAGCCAAUUAAAUGGAAUUACAAUCAAGUCAUCUUCUGGGGUACUAAGUUUAGUAUCUGAUGGCCAUAGUUUCACUGCGAAUGAAAAACAGCUGUUACUAGAGUCUGCUACGGCUGGCAGGCUGUAUACUAUUCGUAUGCCCAUCUCGGAAAAAGAGUUCAUCGAGUCCUCUAUCCUAGCGUGUCAACUUGUUGCUUCUAGGAUGAAACUUAAGGUAACCCUUAGUGUUAACGACGUUGGAAAUCCAAUUGCCAUACAUUUAAGUACUUCAAAAUAUGACUGUCCCCCUGAUACUUCCAUCAAUCACUUGGACCUCCCGGACAUAUCUGUGAACUUCGAAAUUCAGAAACCGAAGUUGGGAUCAAGUCCGGAGACUGCAAAAUAUCUUGAAAGACUUGAAAGGCAACGGGAAGAGAUGGCUCGCGCUGAACAGAGUGACAACCGCUCAUUUUUUGCAAAAUAUUGGACCUACAUCAUUCCAGCAGUCUUCCUAUUCAUUCUUUUCUCCAAUAUGCAAGAUCCUAAUGCAGCAGGAGGCGGAAAUACUGGAGGUGGAGGUCGACAAUAAUAACUUUUUUGUAUAAGAGGAAUUAUUAUUAUUUUCUUUUUUUUGAAAUUUUGUGCAAACCUUGUAUAGUUUUAAUAUAAUUUGUAUGCGUUUUUAAAAACAAAUGUAGAUCGUCUCCUAUUUUUUCUUAAAGUUCUGUGAAUGAUAUUUAGUAAGGCUUAGUAUGUUAGAUGGUUGGAGACAGUCGGUAGGGGGAGCCAUGGACCUAGAUUUCGUGCUAGUUGGCACUCGUCAGCUUAAAGGUUUUAAGAUCAUUUACUGAAUUCAUGCUAACUUGCUGGCCACGUUUUCUUCGUUAUAGACUUCUAAAGACGGCGGAGGC